AUGGGUUUGGACCUGGAGGCCAAUGGGGACGAACACCCCUUUCUUAUGAAUGAGACGGUCGAGCAUUUUUCCUGGAAAGGCGUCACUGUCAAUGUUAAGGAUAGAGAAACAAAACAGCCCAAAGCUAUUCUUCGCGAUGCUACCGGUUAUGUAAAUAAAGGUGAACUGAUGGUGCUCAUGGGCCCGUCAGGAAGCGGGAAAACGACUCUAUUGAAUGUACUCGCCGGUCGAGCCAAUAGUCUGCGUGAUGGGGUUAAUGGUGAGGUUCUCGUCAAUGGCCGGACAGCAUCGAAAGAGACGUUUAGGCAUUUGAGCUCCUAUGUGGAGCAGGAGGAUGUGCUUAUCGGGUCAUUGACAGUGGAGGAAACGCUGUACUUCGCGGCCCAGCUGUCGCUCUCCAGGUUCGUGUAUCGUUUGCGCAUGUAUGAAUUCAAUGCAUUGCUAAUGCUGGGUAAAAAAAAUAGAUCCAUCCCAAAGAAGGAUCGAAUCCAGCGUAUCAAAUACCUUCUCAACUCAUUCGGUAUCCAGAAUCAGGCUAAGACCUUGAUCGGUACCCCAAUUCGCAAGGGAAUCAGCGGCGGCCAGAAACGCCGUGUCAGUGUGGCCGCUCAAUUGAUUACCUGCCCUAAGAUCAUCUUCUUAGACGAGCCUACCAGCGGCUUAGAUUCCACUGCCAGUUAUGAGGUGAUGUCGUUUGUGAAGGCCCUGGCCAGGAAGAACAAUCCGUCCACCUCAAUGUUUGAAUCAUUCGAUAAGCUUCUCAUUUUGUCUGCAGGAAAGACUUGUUACUUUGGGCCCGGGAAGGACAUGAAGGCAUACCUUGACAAAACAGGACACCCGAUGCCCGUUCAGAUAAACCCGGCAGAGUUUGUGCUGGAUCUUGUCAGCACUGAUUUUGCAACCGAUACCGACGAGGCUGAAGCUCAAUUGGCCAAAAUACAUCAGGGGUGGGAAGAUUCAGAAGAAUCUUCAAAUGUGCAUCUCGAGAUAUCUAGGCUGACUACCCUGUCCGAGAAAGAAGAGAACAUCACCCUUUCGGCCGACCAGUUGCAACAUGUUAACAUUGUAUCGACCAUCAUCACGUUGCUGCAUCGAUCUUUUAUCAAGGGCUGCCGUGACGUUGUUGCAUACGGCAUUCGAGUUGCAAUGUAUCUUGGCCUGGCUAUCAUGGAGGGUACAGUCUGGCUGCGACUUGGGACCGGCCAGGAAAAUAUUCAGCCAUACAUCAAUGCUCUGUUCUUUUGCUCCGCUUUCAUGUCAUUCAUGGCGGUUGCAUAUGUGCCUUCGUUCCUUGAAGACCGCGCAACGUUCAUAAAAGAGCGAGCCAAUGGUCUCUAUGGCGCAACUUCGUUCGUGAUAUCCAAUUUCCUCAUCGGAAUGCCAUUUUUAUUCAUGAUCACGAUAAUAUUCUCUGUUGUAGCAUACUGGCUUGUGAACUUCCGCUCAGGUGCCGACACCUUCUUCACGCUGGUUAUGUGGCUCUUCCUCGACCUGCUUGCUGCCGAGUCCCUUGUCGUCAUGAUAGCGUCUCUAUUCCCUAAUUUUGUGGUUGCUUUGGCCCUCACGGCCUUCACAAACGGUAUCUGGAUGAGCGUUGGCGGCUUUAUGGUCGCCCCAGCAAUCCUGAACGUGUUUUGGAGAUACGUCUUCCAUUAUAUAGACUACCAGCACAGCUCGCUAACGGAUCCCGGCCAUCAGACGUAUGUAUUCCAAGGGAUGAUGGUGAACGAGUUUUCUGGCCGUGUCUUCGACUGCGGCAAGUCGUGUCAGUGCAUGUAUGCCAGUGAGCUUGCGUCUCAGUGCCAGAUUUCAGGAAAGGGUAUUCUGAACUCGUUCGGAUAUGCCACCGACAAGCAGGCACAGUGGGCAGGAAUCCUCAUUUCUAUCACUGCAGUGUAUCGGAUCCUGGGAUGGAUUGUCCUGUACAUGAAGAAGACUUGA